AGGGGAUCGGGUACUGGAUCGGCGCUCUGUAAGUCGGGCCUGCAGGUGAUGUAAUCGAUUCUGUGCAGCGGAUUGAACGGUUGUUCAGCAACGAUGACUUUGUCCCGGUUAUUGUCACGGGUUGGAUUCGUUAGCAGAGUUGGAUCCAGAUCUGCGUUCACAAGCUCUAAGACUGACACCAGGAACCCCAACUGGUUGCGGGUGGGCCUGGCCUUCGGGAGCUCCGCCCUCCUCUGGGCUUUGCUUUUCAAGCAGCACAGCACAGACGUGCACGAGUACAAAGUGAGGAAUGGUCUUCAGUAGAGCAGCACGCCGCCGGCAGCAGGGGAGGAUGAGGAUGCCGUCAUCCAUGGACGCUCUGCUUCCACCUGGACUGUCUCUUUGUUCUCAUGUCUCCCUCUGUCAUUUAAAAUAAAUGUUUCUUGUAUCAUAA